UGCCGUGCGUCUACGUCAUGGCGUUGUUGGCGCUCUGAGCGAGUUGAGGUGGGAGGCCAAGAUGGCAGGGAAUCGGUUGUUGGUGGCGUUUGUUGUCCUGUUUGUGUGCUGCGGAAUCCCGUCUGAUGGGCAGAAGAAGAAAGAGACUCUUCUGUCUGAAAAAGUUGGUCAGAUGAUGGAAUGGGCAAACAGGCGAGCUGUAAUUCGGAUGAAUGGAGACAAGUUUCGUCGAUUUGUGAGAGCUCCUCCGAGAAACUACUCCAUCAUUGUGAUGUUCACUGCUUUGCAGCCACAGCGCCAGUGCACUGUUUGCAAGCAAGUGGAUGAAGAAUACCAAAUCCUGGCUAAUUCCUGGCGUUAUUCGAGCUCCUUUGUAAAUAAACUUUUUUUUGCUAUGGUGGACUUUGAUGAAGGAUCUGAUGUAUUUCACCAGCUCAAUAUGAAUUCUGCUCCAACAUUCAUGCAUUUUCCUGCUAAAGGGAAACCAAAACGGGCAGAUACUUAUGAGCUUCAAGUUCGAGGCUUUGCAGCUGAGCAGAUUGCACGAUGGAUUGCUGAUAGGACAGAGAUAAAUAUCCGAGUGAUAAGGCCUCCAAACUAUGCUGGUCCCUUGAUGCUGGGAUUUUUACUUGCCAUAAUUGGAGGUCUUGUGUAUCUUAGGCGGAAUAACCUUGACUUCCUAUAUAACAAAAAUGGCUGGGCAUUUGUUGCAUUGUGUUUUGUACUUGCUAUGACCUCUGGCCAGAUGUGGAACCACAUCCGAGGUCCCCCAUAUGCACAUAAGAACCCUCAUAAUGGUCAAGUGAGUUACAUUCAUGGAAGCAGUCAAGCACAGUUUGUAGCUGAAACGCAUAUUGUUAUUUUGCUGAAUGCUGCUAUAACAUUAGGUAUGGUGCUUCUUCACGAAGCGGCAACAUCUAAUAUGGAAAUAGGCAAACGAAGAACAACAAGAAUGCUUUUUUGUCAGAUGAGUAUGCAUGUUUUAUGUGUGGCAGGACUAGGACUGGUUGGGUUUUUCUUCAGCCUGAUGUUGUCCAUUUUCAGAGCUAAAUACCAUGGGUAUCCAUACAGCUUUCUUAUUAGUUGAUCCAAGAGAUCUAGGCAGAAGCUAGAAGAACAGCACCAUGGCUUGAGAGAUAUACAUGAAAAUAUACACGAAGGAGAGUUUAGUUUCAGACUACCUCCCAAUGUUGUUCCAAUCAAGGUCUCUCAAAGGAAGACUUGAACCAAAGAGAGCCUACAGUGCCUUAGUAGAUUUUUGAGUUUACUCUCGGGCAACAAAAAUAUUUUAAAAAUUAAACCAUUUCCUUAUGAAAAGAUUUCAAGGUACCCUGGGGAAAAGUAGAAAAUAAUUAGAAAUUGAUUUGCUGUUUUCAAAAAAGUGUGCAAUUUCUGUUGAUAAAGUGCCUUAAAUGGAAUUGUUCAUCAAGACUCAAAGGGCUGAUUUGCAUACUUUUGAAUUUGUACUAGUUGGUGAAAUGUAAAAUUUAAGUAUAAUUUUCAGUAAGUUGACCUAAAAUGCUACGUUUCAUUUUGUAUGUUGGAUCAUUUUCUUUAACAAUACUGUGAACUUGGCUGUUGCAUUUACAAUAAAGAGAUAACUUGA